UCUCGCCGCCUCUCGACGCCUCUCGCCGCCUCUCGCCGCCUCUCGCCGCUUUCUCGCUGCCCCUGCCCUCUCGCUUCCGAAUUAACUUUUCAUCUGCCCUCUUUUGGAUCUCCUCGCUCGGCCCUCGCUGCUCCUCGCCCGCCGUCUCGCUCGCCGUCUCGCCGUCGUCUCUCAAGCCAGGCCUCCCCCCUAAUCGAUUCGCCCCCCCUUUCGCCUCCCUCUCAAAGGCAGAGAUUCUCUUUUUUUUCGUCUGUCCUCAUCUCUGGAAUCUCCUCUGCCCCAUACCGCUCCGCCAUCGCCAGACAUGGGUCUCACAUUCUCAAGACUCUUCCAAUCCCUCAUGGGUAAGAGGGAGAUGCGCAUUCUGAUGGUCGGUCUCGAUGCCGCCGGCAAGACCACCAUCCUCUACAAGCUGAAGCUCGGUGAAAUCGUCACCACGAUCCCCACCAUUGGCUUCAACGUCGAGACUGUCGAGUACAAGAACAUCAGCUUCACUGUCUGGGAUGUCGGAGGCCAGGACAAGAUCCGUCCCCUCUGGAGACACUACUUCCAAAAUACCCAAGGUAUUAUCUUCGUCGUCGAUUCGAACGAUCGCGAUCGUGUCGGUGAGGCUCGCGAUGAGCUGCAGCGCAUGCUCAACGAAGAUGAGCUCCGCGACGCCCUCCUCCUCGUCUUUGCCAACAAACAAGAUCUGCCCAACGCUAUGAACGCUGCCGAAAUCACCGACAAGCUUGGCCUCCAUGCCUUGCGCCAGCGCAACUGGUACAUCCAGGCCACCUGCGCUACCUCUGGAGAUGGUCUCUAUGAAGGUCUGGAAUGGCUCAGCAGCAACCUCAAGAAGCGAAGCGGAUAAGCGCUGAAUUUUGAUUGACGACUAGAUGGAGUUUGUGCCUCGAUGUUUACGAUGUAAAGUUUGUUCAAACAGUCCCUCCUUAAAACCUAAUACAGCUCUCCCUCGAAAAAACGGGGCAUCCCGGGUUUUCCAGGCAGUCGCUGUAAUACAAUCCGUGCAAAGGGGGGGGAGCCGGACGCCCUGUGGGGAUGGGUCUGCCGGCGUCAUUUUCUGGAGUCUGAAUAUAAAGCACGAACGGCCGCUGUCAUUUGCGUCGGUGCCCAA